AUGGCUACCCAUAACGAUGAAAACCCUCGCGAGGAGCUCUUUACAAAGAUGCUAGCCACCGCUAGAGAUGGCGACCUCACGGAACUACAGAAUCAAUUGAGAACGUGGGACACAGAGCUCACUGCCGACGGUGCGUCAGCAACCAGCAGGGAUCAUCUUUGGUUUAAGCCCUUGAUGUCUGAGCAGCUUGAAAUUUUCAACGAGUUGAAUCGGCCACCGGAGAAUACCAAGAAGGUUCGCACGGACUGGUAUAUUCGCAAUCGGAUCCUGGUUGCAGCCUCGCAUAAAAACAAGGUCAACGUCGUCGAGUACCUUCUCGAGCAUCGAGAAUGCCCUAUUACCUCCCACGCCGUACAGAGAGCCAUGUUGGGGAAUUCCUUUGACGUGUUAGAGGUCUUUCUCUCACAUGGGUGGGAUAUCAAUCGACCCAUUCAAAACAAUAUUUGUACUAUAUUACGGCAGGUUGUCAACAACGAGCACCGGGUACGUUGGUGUCUCGAGCAUGGGGCAAAUCCUAAUGCCCGAAAUAAAGACAAGACGAAAGAUAUACUGAGCCAUGCUGCUUGCUAUGGCUCAUUGUCCACUCUCAGACUUCUUGACGAUCAUGGUGCAGACUUUGCGCGAAGCAAUGCUCUGCACGGGGCUGUUAAAGGGUCGAGCGAAGAGCGCAUGGAGAUCAUGCGAUGGCUACUGGACGAGAAAGCCUUCCCGAUCAACCAACGAGAGUUCGAGUACGACAUAGAGAUGUUCGCUGAUCGCCAGUCAAAUUCACUGGCAACGGCACUUCAUGUAGCCGCGGAGACGAAUUCUGUGGACUGUUUGCGGUUUUUACUGGAGCGGGGUGCCGAUCCCAACUUGCCGGACACGCUGGGCCACACUGCUAAAGACCGGGGUCGCAAACGCAAGCAUCAGGAGGUAGUUUCCAUUCUGGAGUUCUGGGAAGCGUAG